AAAUUACAAUUUAUAAAAUAUUUCCGCAUUGAAACUUUUACUUCAGUUUCUGAUCUGAACAGCCUCAAAAUUACAGAGCAAAAGAAUCAAGUUACCCGCUCCGAGCAGAGCAAUGACUAUCGUGUUGUUGUCUUCGGGGCGGGUGGAGUGGGCAAAAGUUCACUGGUUUUACGUUUUAUUAAAGGAACAUUUCGUGAAUCCUACAUUCCAACUAUCGAGGAUACUUAUCGUCAGGUUAUAAGUUGCAAUAAAAAUAUAUGCACUUUACAAAUAACCGAUACGACGGGAUCACAUCAAUUUCCGGCAAUGCAAAGAUUGUCAAUAACAAAAGGCCACGCAUUCAUUUUGGUGUAUUCUGUGUGCUCCAAACAAAGCUUAGAGGAAUUGAAGCCAAUAUGGACUCUCAUAAAAGAGCUCAAGGGUGAGGACAUACCAAAUAUACCGGUGAUGUUGGUUGGCAAUAAAUGCGAUGAAACGGCUGAAUUACGCGAAGUCACCGAAAUUGAGGGUAAAGCUCAAGCCACCACUUGGAAUAUAUCUUUUAUGGAGACGUCAGCAAAAACAAAUCAUAAUGUCACCGAGCUAUUCCAGGAAUUAUUAAAUAUGGAAAAAACGCGUACAGUAUCCUUGCAGUUGGACACUAAAAAACAAAAGAAGCAGAAAAAAGAGAAGAAGGCCAAAGAAAAUAGUAAUGGUGCCAUACCCGAAAAUGGUGAAGGAGGUGCGACCAGUAAUAGCGGCGGUGCCAAGGAGAAAUGUCUUUUAAUGUAAAAAUAUAUGCACAAAAUAUGCCUCCUCUCGUGUCAUCACAACUCCCACUCACAACUAACUGCAUUAAUGUAAACAUAGAACGAAAUGUAUUAUCAUCAUCAACAGCAACAACAAAUUAUUUUUAAUAGUUUUUUGUUUUUGUUUUUCUCUAAGCUUUUGCAAACGACGGGAUGGAUAGCGUAGCAGUAUUAAUUUUUUUUUUUUUUUUUUUUGUU